AUGAGCACAACACACAUUAAUGAUGCACCCCAUCCUGACAUAUCUGUGGGGAGUGUGCAGACAUUGGUCUCCAGAUCACUAAACCCCCAACCAGACCCCACUACUACUAAGAGAGUAUGUUUCUACAAGAGCGGGGACCCUCAGUUCACAGGGCACCGGAUGGUCAUCAACAGCCGCACUUUUAAAACCUUUGAUGCCCUUCUAGAUGCUCUCUCCAAGAAAGUGCCUCUGCCAUUUGGGGUAAGGACCAUAACGACACCCAGGGGAACACAUGUUGUCCGCACCCUUGAUGAUGUGCAGGAUGGGAGCUCUUAUCUGUGCUCAGAUCAGAAAAAGGUCAAGCCUUUUAACUUGGAUGAGGUCCAUAAGAGACAGGUCCCUUGGAACACUACCAGACCUGUCAGUGCGGGACGUCAAGCACGCAGGGAACUGGUCCGGCAGCAAGUAAAGAGAAAUGAAGUGACCACAAGGGCAGGAAAAAUGGCAGAAAACAGAGUAAUGGUACGAACACCAAAGAGACUGACAGUGUACAAAAACAGGGAUCCAAGUAUGAAGCGAGUAGUUGUUCUUCAUAGAAGAACAGCUCCAAGUUUUAAUGCUCUUUUGGAUUAUCUUUCUCAAUUGAUGCAGUUCCCAGUUGUGAAGCUUUACACAGAAGAUGGCAGAAGAGUUGAAGGACUUCCUGCCCUCAUCUUGUGCUCUGGGAUUGUUGUUGCAGCUGGUAAUGAACCCUUCAGAACAGGAAUCUAUGAUCUCCAAGCUCCUACUAAAGUCCAGUCAAGGAUAUCUGAAUCUUUUCAUCCAACACAAACUGAGACACUACUACAAGAAAAAAAGAUUCCAUCUGGGACUAUUUCAAGAUCAAGGAAUUUCUCUUUAUCUUCUGAGAGGUUCCUUGUAGAGCAGAUCAAUAAGUCACUAAAUGGAAAUCUGACAGAGCACAACAGGACAAAUAAUGAAUCAAUGGAAACCGAAGGCAGUCAGCCUUUGGGAUCAGAUGAGAUGGAGACCUGUGACUGUACGAAUGGUGUGGAGCAGAGGAAUUGCCCCAUUAUGCCUACUGAAGACGACAUUGAAAAAUCUUUUCGGGUCAAUGAAGAUGGCAGCAUGACAGUGGAGAUGAAGGUGCAUCUUACUAUAAAACAAGAGGAAAUGAUCCACUGGACAACUACACUGAGUCGCAUUUCCGUUAAUAACCAGCAGAGGUGCAAUUCCAAGCCACAUUCAGGUGUAAACUCAUUAGAAGUAACCAAUGACUCAGGCAAAGAGUCGAAUGGACCUCACAGCCUAGAUUCUAAAGAAAUCAAUACACUCGCUAACAAAUCUGUAGGAUUCAUCAAUGAAGAAAAGGAACAUUAUGGCAGUGAUACAUCAUCUGAAAUGCCCAAGUCCAUCUAUAGAAGGCUACCCACUCCAGGUCCCAGACAAAAAAGAAAAGAGGCCUCAGUCGAAAACAUCAAAACUGUUUCAGAGACUGAAGUUCAGGAGAGUACCGUAGGUGCAUACUCAUACAUGGAGCGAACUGGACAAGGAGAGUUGACGGAGGGUUAUUGUGUGGUCAGUCACAACAGUAGCAGCAGCACAAGAACUGUGUCAAAAUCUGGGAAGAGUGAAUUGGGGGAGGCUAAGCAGAAAAAGUCUGACACUUCCUUUAGAUCAUCAGGUGUUACACAGAUUCUUCAGCUACAAAACAAUGGGACGAUGGGAAUAACAGAGACUGUGAUGCACAUAUAUGAAUCACAGGGUACGUGUGAAAAUUACAAUGCAAAUACACAGGUGUAUAUGGACAACAAGGCUGGAUAUCACACAAAAGCUUUGCCUCAAAUCAAGCCAGGCUCAACAGACUCAGGACCCCGUUCGUCAAGUAAUGAUUGCGAUGUAGAUCUCACUAGGCAGUCCACAAGUUCCAACUCCCAGGAUGGUGCAAAAUCCAAUAUGCUAUCAUUAUCAUCUGCCUGUUCAACACCUCCAAAAAAGACAAACAACAAUCCAUCCAUCCUCACCGAUGAUGAAAAACAAACAUUGGUUGAGGGUAUGUCUGAAAGGACUGAAAAGAAAAUUAUCCAUCCAGCAGCAGCGAUGGAACAAGUCUCUGAAGAUAAAAGCAUUGUUAGUAAUAAUAAAAAUAAUGCACCAAAGUCGAAAAAAUCUAAGAAAAGUACUUCUUCUGAAUCAUCUGGAUUUGUGAGAAAAAUAAGGGGCAGUAUUCCGGGGUCUUCAAAAGACCUACAAAUGACGUCAGACACACUAAGUCACACAGUAUCAGAGAAAAAGACUAGCUCAGCAGAAAGUGACAGACGUGAACACAAAGCUGUAAGAGACAAAAAUAAGAAGACAAAAACAUUUGAAAGUUCUCCAAAGAUUAGAGACGUUAAUCUCAGUACAAGGAAUCAAAGUCGGUCAGAUGAAGAUCUCAAGAUAAAAGAUAAAACUAUUAAAGACAUUUCCCACAAAGUGAAAACAAAUGACCAUGAUUCUCAUGGGCCUAAACUAAAGAGGAACAGUUUAGACAUUCAGUCGCCAGCCCCAAUAAAGAGGCUACCGAAACAAAGGUCAAUGAAUGGUGUCAGAUCAAAAAAGUCCUCUAAACAAAAACAGGAGUUGAGUGAAAGUGUAUCAUUGCCUGUGCUACAAUUAUCCUCCUCCAGUGUAAAUCAAUACGUUGAAAGCUGGCUAAAUAAAAUUGAACCAGAAUCUUUGCCCUACCAUGAUGAGACAAGCUAUCCAGAGAUUGUACCAAGAGCAGUUUUCCAGAUAGGGAGUGACUCCACUGAUGGCUCUGAGAUUAAAAAUAACCCUGAAAUAGAUCGCGUAGAUGUUGAAGGCCCUUCUCUCGAAGAUAAUGCUGAUGAGAGGCCAACUUCUCGCCCACCUGUACAAAUAAUGUGUGAGGGAGAGCCAACCGAACCACAGAGGCAGAGAGGAUUUUGUAAAUCGAUGCCAAUUUUGAGGUUACAUUCUGAACAGGAAGGUCUUGUAAGAAUGCACAAGUCGUCUGAGAACUUGGCCCCUCCUGACACUUCUGGGACAUCACAAAAUACAGAGGUCAGAGUUACGUCAGGCAUGAAACCAGUUUUGCAGCAGUUGUGUUUGUCUGUUCAGUCCAUCAAGCAGGCGUUGAGUCCAACCCGCUUAACACCUCUGGAAAGGGAAAAGUCGAGUAGCCUCCCGGAUUUUUCCUCUCAGGUGGCCUCUGCCUUUGGGUCUCCCUCAAGAGCUCUUCUGUCUUUCUUGUCACUGAUGACUUUGAGAGAUGGAAUUUCAGUCCUCUACAAAAAUGAAUCACAAGCCAGCAACUCUAAUUUCUGUCCAGAGGCCCUGCAGGUAAUGCAGUCCUUGGAAAAAAUAUCCAGUAUUAAAGAUGAAGAUGAGGUAAAGGCCAGCUUGACCAGUCUUCAAAGUUCUACUUCAUCCAAACUAAAACAAAGCUGGAGAGAUUUCCAGGGCCAAAAUGUCUUUGAAGAGAGUCCGCCGCUGUCACCAAGAUUCUCAGAGCAGGAGUUUGCCGUAGAAGUGGACUUAGAAGGAGAAACAGGAGAUCAGGACAAACAGUGCAGUUUUAGUAUAGAACAGUUACUGGAUGAACUGAACAUGCCUGAAGAUAUUCACAGAGAGAUUUCAUCUCUUGUUGAAGGAGAACUACAGUAUUUUAAUCAAGAAGACGUAAUCAAACAUGAUGAUACCAUCAGUGAAAUUUCAGGUAAAGAAAAGGAAAAUGAAGAUGGCUCGUUAAGUGGUAGUUUAGAGAAAGCUGCUGACAUGGAAGAGGAAAAGGAGAAUAUUGACCAAGACAAUGACAAAACCAAUGAUCAAAUGGAACAAGAAUCUCAGGAAUUGUGUUUAAUCCAAGCUCAUUCCCCUGACUCCGAAACUAUAGAUGAGGACAUGGGUAAUGAAGAUUCUGGUAUAGCAGUGCCCAUUCAGUCACCUGAGGGUAAUGGUAGUGAUUCAAGUAAAGCAGAGGUUUUAGAAACAUCUGAUAACAACCAGAUGAAUACAGAGAACAUGCAAGAAAGGGUAAUGCAUGAAGACUCUGAAUCUGAAAACAAAGAUGGUGAUGGAAAUCAUUCUCCAACAUCAGAACAAAAAAUAACAGAUGUAGAUGUAGAAGACGUCUCUGAGCUCUCUGAUCACCAAGACAAUAUUUGUGACAGAGAGGACAAUGGAAUGCCAGAGAUCAUAGAAGAACGAGACACUGAUGUAGAGGAGGAGGACAGCAUUCAGAACAUCAGGAUAAAUAGCCAGCAAUCAGAUGCUUCAGAACCCGAAGACACAAAUGCCAAAUGCUCAUGUCCAGCAUCAGAAACUGAGUGUGUGCCAUUUUCAGACAGAGAGGCAGCUGAGCUAAAUGAGGACAGUCAGCACAAUACAGUUGAGGACUGCGUCAGAGAGGAAGCUGAACUUUCUGAUUUUGAGGAAACAAUUAGUGAUGGAGGACAUGAACAAGAAAACAAGUCCAUCUCAUCAGAAUGUAUUUCCAUUCACUCAGAGACAACAUCACCUCAUUGUGAUACAGAGGGUGAAAGUAGAGAGCGAACAUUAGAGUCAUCCAGCCAAGAAGAUGAUCACGUGAUGUCUCCUGAUGUCAAAGAUAAAAAUCAACAAGAAGAUGUGCCAGAGAACUCAGAAGGUGAGGAUCAUGAUCCACACUGCAACAGCAGUACUCAAUAUGGUAGUAACGAUGAAAAUAGUAUGACUAGUGAAGCUGAAUACGUGAAAACACAACAGAUUGAAAAUGGGCUUGUGGAAGAUCAUGACAUUAAUGAAGUGGACCAUGAGAACUCUGAAGUUUGUGAACGAGUAGAUCCAGAUGCUGAACCAGACUCUUGUACAAUCUCUGAUCCUGAGGUUGCGGAUGAGGAUGUCACAGAAACAAAGCCAAACACAAGUGAUUCCGAACCCUGCAAAGUCCAGACAUUAGAGAAAGGUAGUCUGACUAAAAAGGACAGUUCUGCUGAAGAGUGUGAUGUAGAAGAAGAAGACUCGGUUUCGCUUGAUUCUCAUAAUAGUGUGAAUAGUGUUAGACACUCUUGUACUGAUAAUAAAGAUUCUGUGGAAGGGGAGUCAUAUGGCAGUAUGAGUACAAGUGAGCACCAGUUUGAGAAAGCCGAGAGUUUAGGUAUGGAGCAUGGCUAUCAUUAUCUACUACAUCCAACUGAGAUCUCACAAGAGCUGCUAGACCUAAUUAAUUCGGCUUUGUUGUCUUCUACCCUGACUGUCAAAUGUGAUUCAAAUGGCAACCUCAGAAUAGAACCAGACAAAGACAAAAUUAGGGAUAUGUUUAUGGCUUGCCAAAAGAUAGAUAAUGAGUAUGGUCAAAAAUGUCUCCCGAGCCCAAAUACAUCAGAUUUGUCUGAUUAUAGGCCUGAGACAUCCGACAAUGGUGGGUACCAGUCGCAGGAGCUUUUUACAGAGAGUGGAGAAGAGGAGGCGGAGAGGUUACGGAUCUUUCAAGAAAUCAUUAAACGAAGUUCAGAGAAGCCAAAAAUAAUAAACCAUGUAAAAGAAAGUGGCUUGAUUAAGUCAUCCACAUGGAUGACAUCAAAACCCACUCCCAGUCCAAGUUUAAAAAGCAGCAGUCUUGCUUCUUUUCAGGAUACAAAAAGCGCAAUCCAAGAGACAGUAUCCCACAGUAGAUCACCAAGCGAUAAAAGUUCACUUGACAGAGACUAUAAAUCAGUACAGUGCAUGGCUUUAAAAGACAAUGUGGACUCUGGAGAGGGAGUGCUGAUUGAUAAAGGCAGGUGGCUUCUCAAGGAAAACCACCUCAUCCGUAACUCUCCUCCUGCAACUAUGGGGAUGUAUGGAAAUGGAGACACAACAUCAGCUGACACGGCUCAGGACAACAAAAGUGAGGAUUCAGCCUACCCAUAUUGUGAGAACCAAGCAUCGCCUCUGGCUGUAAUAUCCUCUUCUGAGCUGGAGGACAUGGCUAAACCCCCUACACCAAAGUGUACAUACUUCAAUAUGGCACAUAGCAGUGACUCUGAUCCUCUCUUAGAUGCCCAAAGUGUCAAUAAUGGCAGCAGUGGAGGGAACGCUAGAAGAAACAAGGAACUUAAGGUAUCUCCGAUGGGUGAGUCCUCUAAAAUGUGGGCAAAGAAAAAUGGAAGUAUGUCUUCAUUUGCAUCUGUUGAGUUCAAACUGCCUGAUGGUAAAGUUCAUCCUCAGGAGGGAUCGGGAUCUGGUACUAACAGAUCUCAAAGUCAAGACAGUCGGAGAGUACAAGAGGAGGAGUCGAGGGAGGGUCUAAAUCUCAGGUGUGGGCAACACUGCCCAAUUCUAUAGAUCUAAAGGGAAAAAAAAAACCAGCCACCAGCACUUCUAUUUAAAGUAUUGUCAGAUUAAUUUAUUGGUAGUAGCUUAUUUAGUUAAACUGUUUGAACAGCAAAAUGUAAAGGCAUACUGUCUUUAACCGCAGUGAAAAUACUUUAAUUUUCUCACUUUGGUGCCUGCUGGUAUUUAAGCUUUCGGUCAUUAACAUUUGCCUGUUUUAAACAGUUUGGGUUAUUUCAGACAUGUAUUUUCAUUUCACAAGGGCUAUAUUGCACAUCUGUUUUACUUGAAUCUAUUGAACAACCUAAGUGGUAUUUCUCAUAAAGAAAAAUAAAUGAACUUCAUUUUUGCA